GGCAUGCAGGAAGUAGAAACAAACGAAGUUCUUGUUGGUGAAGUGGAAACAGGAAGCCAUUUCGAUUAUUGUUCAUUGUAUCAAAAGUUCUAUUCAUUCGAUUCGAAGUUUUGGCAAAAUUACAUUCGGCAUUUUGUUGUUUUCGGGGCAAUUUUAAGGCCUCUUUUUACGAGAUCGAAGAAGAAUGAGUGUUAUUAAGGAAGAUCCAUGCGGUUGGCAGUUGAAAUGCAACUCUCUGCUCGAGCGAAACACUCAGAUGUUUCAGAAUUCCCUUUUGAGUGAUGUCAGUUUUGUGAUAAUCGAAGAAGCCGAAGGCGAUGGAGAAGAACAAGAACCGAGUCGAAGUGAACCGAUUCCCGCACACAAGUAUGUUUUAGCUAUUAGUUCUCCUGUUUUCUUUGCCAUGUUUUACGGGGAAAUUGCCGAAAAAACGAACAGUAUCGAGAUCCCCGAUGCGGAUAAAGACAGUUUUAUAGAAUUUUUGAGCUUUUUGUACACCGAUAAAUGCGAAUUAAAUAUAGAAAGCGUGUCGGUAGUGUUCUAUUUGGCGAAGAAGUAUAUGGUGCCGUCUUUGAUCAGUCACUGUAUCAAUUAUCUGAUCAAGAAUCUUACGGCUCAGAAUGUUUUCAGUAUUCUGUCGUUGGCAUUACAAUUCGAAGAGACACAUCUCGUGAGCAAGUGUUGGAAUAUAGUUGAAAUUCAAUGCGCAGAAGCUCUGACCAGUGAUGGGUUUGUCCGCGUGCCCCACAGUAUCCUCAAAGAUUUGCUAAGUCGAGAUACCCUCGACGUGCAAGAAAUCACCCUCUUCAAAGCGUGCUCACGCUGGGCCGAAUACCAAUGCCGACAACUUGGUGUUUCUGUCACCCCGGAGGAGAAGCGAAAGGUGCUGGGGGAUGCGCUCGACUUGAUUCGUUACCCGGUCAUCGGCGAAGAUCGCUUUGCCCGCGAUGUUGUCCAAACUAACCUGCUCCCACAUGAAACUACUGUUCACGUGUUUCUUAUGUUCAAAAACCUCAUGAAAGAGCAACGCUUCUCAAAGAAACAGCGUAAGAAACGUUGGGAGAUUUUCAUCUGUAAUCGCUACUCUGAUGCCAAGGCGAAGUACUACCUCCCAUUGGUAAAAGAUCGUGAUAACUCGGGCCUGCCGGAUCGGAUAGCCUUUACUGUGAACAAGAGAAUCAUGAUCCACGGCGUUCGAUUGUUUGGCGAGCACACAGGUGAGAAAUAUAAAGUCAAAUUGGAUAUUAGCGACAAUAACAAUGAAGUUGUUGGCUCGAAAGAAGGUGACUUUUCCUCAAAGGUCAUGAACUACCAAGAAAAAGGGUUGUACGUUUUUGACGUGUUUUUUAACGAUCCGGUCGAAGUCAAGAUUGGUACAAGGUACACGCUUGCUGCGCUUCUCGAGGGUCCACGGACAUGUUAUGCCAUCAAUGCAUCCUCAUCGGUAGAUGCAAGUGGGGUCAUUUUUACAUUUUUCGAUGUGGAUAAUUCGUACAGCGAGACCAGUGUCAGAACCGGACAGUUCAUGAACUUGUUUUUCUCGCUGAUCGUCCCAGAGCAAGCGGUAAAAACUGAAUCACCAAACGAGAAGAGGUCGUCAAUCAGCAAAGCAAGAUAAUUACAGAGUUUGGACUUUCUAUGGCCAAAAAGAAAAUAAUGUUGGUUUCAGGUUUUGAUAAUUGUAAUAAUCAAUGUACAAAUAGGACAAUUAAGUCCAUGAUUUUUGGUGUAGUAUUUAUAGCGUGGAAUCUGAAAUCAACUAUUUAUUUUUUGGCCUUACUUCCGUAAACUAUUACCUGUAUCAUAGUAAACUAUUUUCAUGUUUUCAUAUUGUUAUUUUCAUGUUUCGAACAUUACUAGUACUUGCUUUCUAGUCAGACUGUAACUAUUACCUGUAUUAUAGUACUGUAAACUAUUUUUGUAGUUAUGUAUGUAUAUAUUUAUAGCAAGAGCUCAGCACACUUCUUAAUCACUGGUACCGAUAAUGCAACCCUUAGUAUAAGCCAGGGCUUAAAAAAUAGGUGUACAUGUACAAUUGUACAAUUUCUGUUUGCCUUGAAAUCCUUCAGACAAUGAAUAUACAUUUGUCUCUAACCCUGGUCCUGAAAUAUCCAUAUAUUUAUGAAACAUUGAUCUAGAAACAUCGAGUCCACUGCUCCAUUUUUAUACAGGAAUUUUAUACAAGAACUACUAUACAAAAUCAUACUGUACGUCAACAUCGAUUAAACAUAGGUUAACUUAGUACAAACGUACAACCUCGUACAGCAUUUGUGUUUUUUUAAGCCCUGGGUCUGCAUCAGGAUAAAUUGCAGUUGAAUCAUCACAUGUACUGCAUCUGAGACUGGAUGUCAAACUUUGACAUGCGUAUAUUUAAUGCUUCCACAGUCAAAGUAUUGAACUGUUCACUCAUUAUCUGUGCUUCACGAAUUAUAGCCUCAAUGGAACUAUCAUGUGUACUGGCAUAUUUUGUCUUCUGUGCAAAGCAAAAUAAAGAAAGCUUAAGGGAAUAUAUCUUCUAAUUUAAAGCGAGUCAACUGUACGGAAACUAAUUGUUCCUUUGAGCAACUUUGUGCGUAUUCAAACGAUGAUUGAACAGUUGAAUAUUUUGAUCUGCAUAUGUUAUAGUUAAAGUUGAACUGCAAUUUAUCCUGACCCCACUAUUUUGGGUAGUUCCUCGGGUAGAGGAGAAGUGAUCACGUGAUCGGCUAGUUGUGUUGUUUGUGGCGUCAGAUAUAACCAAAUCCCUAUCUCUAAGCCUAACCCUCACCCUAACCCUCACCCUAACCCUUACCCUAACCCUUACCCUAACCUCAAAACUAAUCGCUAUAACUAACUGAUGACGUAGUCUGUGAUGCAAAUUCUUCUACCCGAGGAUGUACCCACUAUUUUGCAAAGAGUCCGCCAGAAAUCAGAAAAUUAAGUUGCUGCUCUAAAUUAUUUAGUCUACCAGGACUUUUAGUAAGCCACCUUGGAUAGGAUUUAUGAAUAAAAAUUGAUAUUAACCACUUCUGUGAGCUUUAAUUUAUGCUUUGCAUAUUGUAAUAUUUAUAUGGUAAAAUUACAGUGAGAAUGUACUGCAUUUUUAAACAGCUUAGCUUCACAACAGAUAAUCUAAAAUAAACAUUUGUUGUGUAAUGUGUGUAAUUGUUAUUGUAGGGUUGUUAUGAUUCCUGUUCCUUUUAAGACAGUGC